AUGGCUGGAGGAUACGUUGUCAACACUGUCGUCGCUGGUCUUCCGCAAGGAACCGUCUUAGAGAACCUCAAGUGCUUCAUCAUCUGCUUGCUUGUGUCUAUCGCGACCUUCCAGUAUGGCUUCGAUACGGCGAUGCAAGGUUUCCUGAAGGUAUUCGGUGUCCCGAACGCAACCGGGACCAGCUACGUGAUCCAGACCACCUUCCAGCAGCUGAUUACCUCCCUUCUUCAACUGGGUCUGAUUAUCGCCUCUGCCAUCAUGGGUCCUUUCUCCAAAUACCUGGGCCGUAAAAUGGGAUUUAUUGUUGCUUCGGUCCUCGCUAUCAUCGCCAUCACCAUCCAGGAGCUCGUGACCACUCAAGGCCCCAUCUAUUUCGCUAGGUUGCUCCUUGGUAUUGCAAACGGCAUGUACGUCAACCUGGUCGUGCUAUACGUCUCCGAAGCUUCCCCGAGCCAUCUCCGUGGUGCUUUCGUCGCUGCCUACCAAGCCUUCAACUCUGGCGGUGGGCUGAUUGGCUCUAUUAUCAACAACGCCUUCAAGAACGACCUCUCUAGACACUCGUAUCAGUUCCAGCUGAUCAUCCUUUACGUUGUUCCCGUAUGGCUGAUUAUCUACUCGGUCUACCUGCCCGAGUCCCCUCGAUGGCUUGCCACCCAGGGACGUGAUGAAGAUGCCCACAAGGCGCUGACAAGGCUGCGCGGAAAUGCCUUGACCUCUGAGCAGAUUAAUAUCGAGUUAGAGUCUAUCAAGGAGGCUAUUCGUAUCGAAAAGGAGACCGAGACUGGCGCGAGCUUCUUCGACAUCUUCAGGGGCACAGAUCUGCGCCGCACGAUUCUUUGCUGCGCUGCUACGACGCUGCACGCCUCCAGCGGUAUCAACUUCCUUGUCGGCUACGGAACGGUGUUCUUCCAAGUCGCUGGUCAGUCUAACGCGUUCGUGGAUACCAUCAUCCUACAGAUGUGCGGUCUUAUUGGUGCACUCAUGGCACCGUUCGUUGCACGUGUCCUUGGUCGUAAGAAGAUUCUCAUCUUCGGCUUCUGCGUUACAACGGCCACCAUGUUCAUCGUGGCUAUCCUGUCGACUCUGUCGAUCCGCACUCAGCCAGACGCCGGAAAGGCAUUGGUCGCAAUGGUGUGCAUAUACGAGUGGGCCUACGCCAUCAGCGUCGGGCCACUUGCAUGGGUCGUUGCUGGUGAAAUCCCAAGCAACCGUCUGCGUUCCAUGACUUUCGGUUUCGGAAUGGCCAUUGGCUUCGUCUUCGCCUGGUUGACCACCUUCACGACGCCCUACUUCAUCAACGCUACCGCACUCAACCUAGGCGGAAAGGUGGCCUGGAUCUGGGGACCGUCCAACCUCCUCUCAGUUAUCUUCCUCAUCUUCUUCCUCCCCGAGACCCAGGGCUUCUCCCUGGAAGAACUCGACGAGCUCUUCAUCAACAAGGUCCCCGCUCGCAAGUUCUCUACCUACAAGAUCCACGGCAUCGACGCCGCUGCCCUCGACGGCACACAUCGAGAUGGUCUCGAACCCUAA